UGUGAGCAGUGUUUGUGUUUGAUCCAAGUCAUGAUUGAUGGUUUGGUGUGAUCUGCUUAAGGUCUUACUUAAUAGAUCUGAAGCUUGUAGAAGCUGUCUGGAUUAUACCAAGUGGGGUACACAACCAUGAUGUAGCAUUAAUGAGUCUUGGAGAAUAAGCGCAGCAGGGAUAAAGGGAGCAUAGAUUGAGUGAAUUCAGCUUGGACUGCAUUUCUUUUUGGACUUUGUGUGUGUGGACGUGAUUCUUUGUCCAGGGUUGACGUGGAUCGUUCUAGUUCGCCGUUGGAAUGGAGUCUAGGCCCCUGACCCGCCAUGAUAGCAUGAACAACCUGCUGGUGCGCCCUCCUAACUACCAGGCGGUAGAACAGCCAUCGCACUCCGCUGCAUCAGCAAACGGCCUCAGGCAGAAGAGCAACCUGGACGACGACGACAUUCACCGCAACCCCCCUCCCGGCAGCAGCAGUGGCAGCGGAGGUGCCAUGGAUCCACCUCAGGGACACCAGAUGACGGUGACGUACGAUGGGGAUAGUGAUGGUUCAAACAACACUUUCCACCUGGACUCCGAUGAGCAGGAGUUCCCGGGCAUUGGGCAGUAUGACGACUUCCACACAAUCGACUGGCAGCGCGAUGUGGCGCGGGACCGCAUGCGGCACCGACACAUCAUCAAGAAACGUGACGACAGCGCCUGGGACUGGAUCAAGAGUGGCCACGAUGCUUGGUCUGGAUGGCUGUGCGUCUUCUUGGUCGGGGUCAUUGCAGGUGCUUUUGCUGGAAUGAUUGACAUCGGAACUAGCUGGAUGUCCGACCUGCGUUUUGGUAUAUGUCCCGAGGCAUUCUGGUUUAACCAAGAGCAGUGCUGCUGGUCAUCUAAUGAAACUUUUUAUGAUGGUGACAAUUGCUCUAAUUGGUACAGCUGGCCUGAGGUGUUUGGCCAUGAACCAAAUGGCGCAGGAGCAUACAUCAUCUCAUACAUUUUCUACAUCCUGUGGUCUCUCCUCUUUGCCUCUUUGGCAGCUUCCCUUGUCAUGAUGUUUGCCCCUUAUGCCUGUGGCUCUGGUAUUCCUGAGAUCAAGACAAUCCUAAGUGGCUUUAUCAUCCGUGGAUAUUUGGGCAAGUGGACCCUCCUUAUCAAGUCUCUUGGCAUGAUACUGGCUGUAUCAGCUGGCCUCUCACUCGGGAAGGAGGGACCUCUCGUGCACGUCGCUUGCUGUAUUGGAAACAUCUUCUCUUAUGCCUUCCCCAAGUAUGGAAAGAACGAGGCCAAGAAGCGUGAGAUCCUUUCGGCGGCAGCUGCAGUUGGUGUGUCUGUGGCCUUUGGUGCUCCCAUUGGUGGUGUGCUGUUCAGCUUAGAAGAGGCCUCAUACUACUUCCCCCUGAAAACCCUGUGGCGUUCAUUCUUUGCGGCACUGGUGGCAGCCUUCGUGUUGCGCUCAAUCAACCCCUUCGGCAACGAGCACUCUGUACUCUUCUAUGUCGAGUACAACAAGCCCUGGAUCUUCAUUGAGCUGGUGCCGUUCAUCAUCCUGGGAGUUAUUGGGGGAAUAAUCGGCAUGCUGUUCAUCAAGUUCAACAUCAAGUGGUGUCGCUUCCGCAAGACAUCCCUCAUGGGCCAGUACCCUAGGCUGGAGGUCCUUAUUGUGACCCUCAUCACUGCUUUCAUCGCAUAUCCCAACCCCUACACGCGCAUGAACACCUCCAACCUCAUUUACCUUCUGUUCUCGCAGUGUGGGGUGGCCAACAACGACAACUUGUGUACGCCUGGGUCGUCUCUGAGGUCAAAUCGGGUCAGUUUGGUUGAUGUGUUUCCCGCUGGACCUAAACCAGCCAGUCUGCCAUCCAGUGACUAUCAGAGGAACUUCACCAACGUAAACACAGCAAUAGAGAUUGCAGCAGCUGGGCCAGGAGUACUGCAGGCAGUGUGGCUUCUUGCUCUGGCGCUGAUCUUCAAGUGUGUGGUGACAGUAUUCACCUUUGGCAUCAAAGUGCCAUGUGGUCUUUUCAUCCCCUCGCUGGCAAUGGGCUCCAUUAUCGGACGUCUGGUGGGCAUCGGUAUGGAGCAGCUGGCCUACAACUACCCAGAGUGGGCAGUGUUUGCAGGCGAAUGCAGCACCGGCGAGAAUUGCAUUACUCCAGGUCUUUAUGCCAUGGUGGGUGCUGCAGCUGUACUGGGCGGAGUGACACGCAUGACAGUGUCACUUGUGGUGAUCAUGUUCGAGCUGACUGGAGGUGUGCGGUACAUUGUCCCCCUCAUGGCAGCUGUCAUGGCAAGCAAGUGGAUUGGGGAUGCUUUUGGACGUGAGGGCAUCUACGACGCGCACAUCAUCCUCAAUGGCUACCCAUUCCUGGAUUCCAAGGAGGAGUUCAGCCACACCACCCUUGCCAACGAUGUCAUGAAGCCGGGUAAGAAUGAGUCAUUCUACGUAAUCACGCAAGAUAGUAUGACCCUGGAUGAUGUGGAGCAACUUCUUCGCGAGACAGACCACAAUGGGUUCCCUGUAGUCGUCAGCAGACAGUCACAAUAUCUUGUGGGCUUCGUUGCCAGACGAGAUUUAAAUAUUGCAAUCAGCCAGGCCAAAAAGACCACAGAAGGGAUUGUGGGAGAAAGCAUAGUGUUGUUCACUUCGUCUGUGCCCUCCCCCUGGAUGGGACCCCCUCCCCUCCGGCUUCGCAAGAUCCUGGACCUGGCCCCCAUCACUAUCACAGACCACACGCCCAUGGAAACAGUUGUUGACAUGUUCCGGAAGCUGGGCUUGCGACAGACACUUGUCACACACAAUGGGCGACUGCUGGGCAUCAUCACGAAAAAGGACGUGCUGCGCCACAUCAAGUUCCUGGAGAGUGAAGACCCAGAGUCUGUCCUUUUCAAUUGAUCCGCCUCAGUGUCCAUAGGCUGAGACAAGGAUCCUUUUUAAUUAAUUUAUUGAUAUUGCCUAAUGUUAUAUUUUUAUAGUUUCUUGUCAUCCCAUUCUCCGUAAUGGAAAGCGCACACGCAUGCUCGUGAGAGAGAGAGAGGCUCGCAGCUGCGUUUGGUGUGUGUGUCUUAAUGUCACUGCUUGGGAGGAU